UUCCUUCCUCUUUAUAAGGAGACGCUUCUGAGAAAGAGCACACUUCGGGGACCCACAUCUUGGGAUAUUUUCUUGGUUGCCUAUGUCUUCUGUCUGCAGACUGUGGGGUCCUGUAACAGCUGGGGGAUCAGCCUUUCUCUUUCCUCUUCAGUAUUACCGCUUUAGGGUCUCUGAGGAACAAUGGAAGUCUUAGGGUUCUUCAGGCUGGAAGUGAGUGGCCCCACGGUGACGGUGGCCCUGUCCGUGGUCCUCUUGGCCCUCCUGAAAUGUUCGACAAAUAUGCCCCAUCCAAUAGCUGGACAGAAGACGUGCUCUUAAGUGAUCAAAACACAGUUCAACUGGCACACCCUCUGACACGUGACGCUUCUUUGCUGCAGGAGUCAUCACGUAAAUACUGCUUUGGCUGCUUGUCAUUAGCCAUUGAUUGCGUGUCGGGUCCGCAAGGCUGUACUCCACAUCAGCAUUUUCAAGACUAGAGAAGCUGGGCAUCAGACAUCCCAAGCCUUCUCCUUUUAUUGGAAACUUAGCGUUUUUUCGCCAGGGUUUCUGGGAAAGCCACAUGGAGCUCAGGAAGCAAUAUGGACCUCUGAGUGGGUACUAUCUUGGUCGUCGGAUGUUUAUUGUUAUCUCUGAGCCAGACAUGAUUGAGCAGGUGUUGGUUGAGAAGUUCAGUAACUUUACCAACAGAAUGGCAACGGGUUUGGAGCCCAAACCAGUGGCCGACAGUGUCCUGUUCUUACGUGAUAAAAGAUGGGAAGAGGUCAGAAGUGUCCUGACUACUGCUUUCAGUCCUGAAAAACUGAGUGAGAUGACUCCUUUAAUCAGCCAGGCCUGCGAAGUGCUCCUGGCUCACCUAGAGCGUUACGCACAAUCUGGGGAGGCUUUUGACAUCCAGAGGACCUACUGCUGCUACACCACCGAUGUGGUGGCCAGUGUCGCCUUCGGCACCGAAGUGGACUCCCAGGAGACUCCUGAGCACCCCUUCGUGGAGCACUGCAGGCGCUUCUUUGCAUCCUCCAUCCCCAAACCUCUCCUGGUUUUACUCUUAUCAUUUCCAUCCAUAAUGGUCCCACUGGCCCGGAUUUUGCCCAAUAAGAACCGAGAUGAACUGAAUGGCUUUUUUAACAAACUCAUUAGGAAUGUGAUUGCCUUGCGGGACCAGCAAGCAGCCGAAGAGAGGCGUAGAGAUUUCCUCCAAAUGGUCCAGGAUGUGCGCCAUUCUGCCACCACCGUAGGCGUGGAGAACUUUGAUAUCGUCCGUCAGGUCUUUUCUGCCACUAAAUGCCCAGCAAACCCUUCCCGGCGACACCCACCCAGACCCCUGUCCAAGUCUUUGAGUGUGGAUGAGGUGGUGGGCCAGGCCUUCAUCUUCCUUAUCGCCGGCUAUGAGAUCGUCACCAACACUCUCUCUUUCGCCACCUACCUCCUGGCCACCAACCCUGAGUGCCAAGAGAAGCUUCUGGAAGAGGUGGACCGUUUCAGCAAGAAACAUCCGGCCCCUGAGUACUGCAGCCUCCAGGAAGGCCUGCCCUACUUGGACAUGGUGAUUAAAGAGACCUUGAGGAUGUACCCGCCAGCUUUCAGGUUCACGCGGGUGGCGGCAGAGGACUGCGAGGUGCUGGGCCAGCGCAUCCCCGCAGGCGCUGUGCUGGAGACGGCCGUGGGCGCCCUGCACUACGACCCCAAACACUGGCCGAACCCCGAGAACUUCGACCCCGAGAGGUUCACGGCCGAGGCGCAGGAGCGUCGGCGGCCCUACACGUACCUGCCGUUUGGGGCGGGCCCCCGGAGCUGCCUCGGGGUGCGGCUGGGGCUCCUGGAGCUCAAGCUGACGCUGCUCCACGUCCUGCGCAAGUUCCGGUUCGAAGCCUGUCCCGAGACGCAGGUACCACUGCAGCUAGAAUCCAAAUCUGCCCUAGGUCCAAAAAAUGGCGUCUACAUCAGAAUCGUCUCCCGCUGACGCUACCCUCUCAUCCAAAGAAAAUCGUGUGGAAACGUGGAUUUUUGUUAAAACAUCACUGAAGCAGUUGAAAGCGUGCCUGGCCUAUGAAUAUAAAAGUGGCCACUUAUGUAACAUUUCCUAAAUGCUUAAUAAAUGCGUGUUGCACUUA